AUGAAGUACACAAGUCAGCCAUGUAUCGCUCCAAACUUGAUGUGUAUUGUUUAUCAUGAUGAAAAGCUACCCAGACAUUAUAGACGUCAACUGAAGUUGAGCGUACAACAAAAAUUUGAAUAUACUCGUACUUUUAUCGAUACCUUUAGUUUGGCAGAUUAUCUCAAUCGUACAUUUAUUGUGAACAAAUUAGUUGUUAUUGUGAGUGGAGAUGAAGCUAAAUUCUUAUGUGAAAAUAUAGAACAUGAAAAAGAAUUUCUGAAAGAUCCACUUGUAUAUGAAUUACAAUUUGACAAGAAACCGUUAAAAUCACAAUUAUUGGGUGAUAAAAAAUUCCAAUCUGUUGAUGAAUUAUUCCAAAAGAUUGAUAAUGAUAUUACAAAAUUCGUUACGAUCGAAAGUCAAUGUGAUCGUACUGAUGAUGACAGUAAUGAGUUAGAUCUACAACAAGAAAUAUUUCCGUUUGGCAUUUACGAUUCUUUUAGAAAACAACAAUCAUUUUGUUAUUUAAGUAAAGAAGAACUCAAAUUCAACUUAUUUCAGUCAUUCAUUGAAGUUCUCUUAAGGAUUAAUAUUGAUGAGAAAAAGGCGCUGGAACAAAUGUGGACUAGUUGUCGUGUAGCUGCGGUUCAGCACAAUGACUACGAAUGCAUACGAAAAAUUGAUAAAUGGAACCAAGAGUACGAUUCAGCAGCUCCUGUUAAAUUAUAUACUAAAAGUUCAUCUUUUUUUCGAAUGAUUAAUAAGGCAUUUCGAGUAGAAGAUAUCGAAAAAAUCUUUGAUUUUCAACCUUACAUAGCUCAUAUCCAUCAACAACUAACUAAUCUUCGUACUGAACAACGAUCUCAAAUAAAUUUCCCGCAAAGUGUACUUUAUCGAGGCAAAAAAUUACCACCGAGCGUAUUACAACAAUUAAAGGAUAACGAGAAUAAAUUUAUAUCUAUGAAUGGUUUUCUUUCCACGACAACAAGUACUAAAGUUGCUGAUAUGUUCGCAGGUACCGAUACAAAUAGAGAAGGUUAUCAGUCAGCCGUGUUCGAGAUGCAUAUUGAUGAAACAGUUGAUACCAAAAGGCCAUAUGCGGAUAUUUCGAACGUAAGUACAAUUUCACACGAACAAGAAGUUCUCUUUUUUAUGGGAUUCGUUUGGCGUAUUGAAGCAGUGGACGAAGGAUUCAAUAAAGAAUGGAGAGUUAAACUACGAUUAUCUACUGAUAUGGAUUCGGAUCUUACGAAGCGUUUCGAUGAGUUAAACGAUAAAUGUACGUUCUUUGAAUUGGGGAAGAUUUUGUACGAACUCGGUGAAUAUAAAAAUGCAAUUACCUUUUACCAACGCAUGCUGGAUCCAAGUACAAAACUAACAGACAAAACUCGUGCUGAUGUUCAUCUUCACAUUGCUAUAUCAGCAUUUGAAGAUGGAUCGUACUCACAAGCACUCGAACAUCUUAAAGAAGCAGAAUGCUUUAUCUCAAAAUCAGUUCCGUCAGAUGAUGGUAAGGCAGAUGAGCUUCGACCUUUCUUAGCCGAAGAUGCAUCUCUCUCAUUGAUGUGCAUUUUAAUGAACAAAGGUUUGGUUUAUCAAAAGCAAAAAGAUCCAGAACGUGCUGAACAAUCGUUUAAUGAAGCUUUAGAAAAACAUGGCUCAGAUAAAGAUAAAGCUCUAGUACACUAUAAUAUCGGUGUGUUUCAAUUUGGACAAGGAAAGUACGAAAAUGCACGCAGUCAUUUUUACGACGCAUUUUCUUUAACUACAUGUCAAACUUUGAAGAUCGAUAUCAAUCAAAGAAUAGGAACUCUCGAUCAAAUAUUAUCUAUUCAUUAA